AUGUACGACGCCGCAGCGAGCGAAGCUCCAUCCUUCACAAUUGCGUCUUCUACGACAGCAAUGAAUCCUUCUUCGACAGAACACGACUACCGCUUUCCGCGAAGGCCUGCGGUCGGGUCCGAGGCGGAUCGCUCAGUAUCGGCUUAUAAUAAUUCUGGAAUCAGCGGCUCGAAUACCGCAACUGACAGCAGCCCCGGCGACCUGCGGUUACAGGAGCUCAACCUGGAUUUGUCCAACAACAACAGCGGCGACAUCGCGCACCGUGAUCUGCUCGAUUCCUCGGUAUUUCCCAACUGGCCAGCGAGCGCUACUGUUUCCAAGAAGGACAACCUCGAUCAGAUGCAGCAUGAUGACCCUCUAGCGACACAGAUUUGGCGAUUCUUUAGCAAAACUAAGCAAAGCCUGCCUAGCCAGGAGCGCAUGGAAAAUCUCACCUGGCGCAUGAUGCAUCUGAAACUACGAAGACAGCAGCAGAAGGAAGAAGAGGAGAGAGCAAAGGAAAUGGCUCGACAAAAAGCUUCAAAGGAAGGCGCUGCAGGCAAUACCCCAAGUGGCAUUGCGCAACUUAGACAAAACUCGGACCAGAACAUUGCCCAGUCGGAUCCAAUGAACCUCGAUGACUUCAUAUUUAGUGAGAAUAUAUCUACUCCGGCGGGCUUGCCUCUUGACCCUGCCUCCCCGGAGCUGCUCAAGCUAUCCGAGGACAAGGCGGCUCAUGCAACAGCUGCUGCGAUCCCCAUCAAAUCCCGCAAGGUCUCGCCCCAACAGCACUUUGUUCCGCAGUCCGUCCCUGUGCCUCCACACCGCGGGCAUGAGGACGAAUUCGGCUAUGUCAAUCGCCAUCACCGGAAAACAAGUAUAGAUGAUCGACGCACUCGCAAUCUCAAGCGUCCUGCAAAUUUCUCUCCUCAAGUCGGCAACCUGGCUUCAAAUGAUAUAGAUGUGGAUGCGGAUGUCCAUGAAUAUUCUCUGGAUCACUCACACCCAUCUGGCGUUGCCAACGCCUCUCAUCAACCCUUCUCCUUGGAUAACUUCCAGAUGGAGCAUGAUCCCAUUAUCACCUCGGCAGGGCCUUUCCAGCAGAACUUUUCAUUCUCGCCCUCCACCUCACCAAUGGUGACACAUAACUCUUUUCAGAACAUGUAUACUCAAUCUGGCCUGGCCCAGAACUCCAUGAACGCUCAUGACUUCUACUCUCCACCCGCAUCCACUUAUCAGUCCACCGCCACCACACCACACCCUAUACCAGAGAACGAUAACAUGUUCUUUGGCUCCUUGGACAUGCGACACCAGAACCAGCAGCAAUUCCACCAAGGCCAAGGUCACAAUGGAAACCACGUGAUGCAGCAAUUCAUGUACCAAGGAAAUGGCAACCACAUGUUUCCUCAGAGUACUAACGCUCCAGAUGCAUCGUCUUCGUUUGCCCCGACCAACACUUUUGGUCACGUCGAUCCGACCCAAGUGUUCCAGGAAGACCAGGCUCGCUCUCCCACCUCUGGCAUGCUAGAACAGAACAUGUUUAGUUUUGGUGCUGAGUCGGACAAUGAAGAGGAUGGCGGCUCGUUCCCAGAUCGCAACCUCGGCAUGCAUCCCGCCUUCUCGCCUACCAUGGAAGAAUCGGGCAUGGACAUGAACGGCUCCAACACGCUUGGAUGGGAUGCAUCUUUGCCUGGACAGUUCAGUACUCAGGCUGCACGUUAUCCCGGAGGCCCUCCUCGCAAGCAAGUCACGAUUGGCGGUGCCACUACAGAUUACGUUGAUGCCAACGGGGACUGGGACGGUCAGAGUAGUCUAUCGCGGUCUCAGUCAUUCAGGGCUGGAGACAGGCGGCAGAAAAUCCCACGUAACGCUUCUACUUCCGGGCUUAGCACGGGUAGCCGCGGAAACCUCUUUGAGAGGUUGGCACAGUCAAACCCCAAUUCACCUCCUACCGACACCGCUGGCAAUGCUUCAGGUUUCUCUUCGGUAACUCCCAGUCGGCCUUCUUCGCCACUGGGAUCGAAGCAGGGAUCGACAACUAACCUGCAAGGUGCUGCGGGCAACCAAGCCGAUGGCAAUGCCCCAACUACGUGCACAAACUGCUUCACACAAACCACCCCACUGUGGCGCCGUAACCCCGAGGGCCAACCUCUUUGCAACGCCUGUGGCUUGUUCUUGAAGCUGCACGGUGUCGUUCGACCGUUGAGUUUGAAGACGGACGUUAUCAAGAAGCGUAACCGAGGAUCUGGAGCCAACCUUCCAGUUGGCGGAACAAGCACUAGAUCCAAGAAGACGGGUGGAGCUUCUGGGCCUGCUUCUCGCAAGAACUCGACCUUGGGCAUCUCCGUCACGAAUAGCACGCCACAACAGGCCACCACUCCGCCUGCAACUGUUCGGGCCGGUAGCGCUAACGAAGGUGAAAGUCCGGCAAGUGGUGGUGCUGGUGCAUCUGGUGGCAAUACUGCUGGCAGCACGCCGACAAGCUAUGCAGGGUCGACCACUGGAGCAGUGGGUGGCAAGGGUGUCAUUCCUAUUGCCGCUGCUCCUCCCAAGAACACGCCUGGGCCGGGAGCAGCUUCAGUGACACGCAAUGUUGGCGCAUCGGGCUCCUCCAAGCGACAACGGCGAAGCAGCAAGAGUGCGGGCACUAGUGAGUCCGCUGGAGGUAUGGACAUUGACAGCCCAGCCAAUUCAACUGGCUCCAACGAGGCUGCACGAUCGGUCAGUUCCGCAAGCGGAUUCAUGGCCGGAAUGCCUAAUCCUGGCAACGUUGCCUUGACCAACGGAUUCGGUAUGACACAGCGCCCGAUGAUGCCUCCAGGCAUGAUGGGAAUGCCCGGAGUUCCACCAAAUGGCAUGAUGACGCCUGGCGCUGGGGCUGGACCUCAAGAAUGGGAAUGGCUUACCAUGAGUCUGUAA